AUGUUCACUUGCGUCGCUUGCAAAAAAGUACUGUGCUCAAAGGCAAGCCUCAAGCGGCAUGUAGCAGACAAGCACGCCUCUAGGCACGAAGAAUAUCGCUGUGCAAUUUGCGAAAGAGUCUACUGUUCAAGGAAUUCACUUAUGACUCACAUCUACACCUAUCACAAGACGCAGCGGCCCCCUGCCGCAGCGGAUUACUACCACCACACAACUCCACCGACAGAUGUCAAAUUUUAG